UUUUCAAAAGUUUGUCACCACGUGCGGUGUGCUUUCGGUGAAAAAUAUUGAUGAAAAUCUAAAACAAUGGGAAAAUUCAGGUCUAAACUUAAAGGUAAAACAAAGGGGAAGAGAUGGCAGAAAGGCCAGUCAUCCGAGUCAAACCCAAAAAUGCAGAAAUACAGAGAAAUGGCCAAGUCAAGAUUUUUUCAAGAGAACUUGGGUAACACAGGCUUAACUCAACAAGCUGUGCUAAAACACGAUGCUAUCAUGACUUAUGGACAUAGUCUCGGCAAGCAAAAGUCCGAUGCUGAAAAUGAGUUGUCCAUAGCAAAGGAAUUUGAGAAUAUGUCUGUAAAAACUGGAGAAGACGGGUCAGACAGUGAAUACUCUGGGACUAUGCGGUCUGGGACGUUCAAAACUUUCCAAACGUUUGCCUCAGAUUGGAGCCAAUGCUCCAAUGUUAGUUUUAGCAGGCUACUGAACAAGUUUGACUCGAACAAUGCUGCCCACAAAGAGAUGCUGGCUGUGCUGGCGGCAGUGACAGAGGUCAUCAAGGAGCAGGGAGGGAAGGAAUCUACCACUGAAUAUUUUGCUGCUCUGAUGGAGACACUAAAAGCAUCCGAAGGUGAAGAGAGCUUAGUAGCCACCCUCUCCCUUCUCUCCAUGGGAAUCAAGUCCGUAUCCCAAGCGGUACUCCGCAAACAGUUCUCAGACUGUGCAAAAAUAUUCACCGAAAUACUGGAGAAGAAUUCUCAGUCAGAAAACGGUGCUUUGCUGAGAAGUGCCAUCGGUUGCUUGUCUGUAAUAUUGAGAGCCCAGGAGUAUGCCUUGUGGGGUGAUUCGUCAACGAUGAGGGUGUUCGAUUCAGUGCUAGCAUUCGCUUUGCAUUCAAAACCCAAGGUACGAAAAGCAGCACAACAUGCUCUUACGUCUGUUUUGCGCGGCAGCUGUUUUAUGAUACCAUCUGAAAACCAAAAAGUCAAGGUACCAAAACUUCACCCAGCAUCAAACCGCGUGGCAGAGUACUGUCUAUCCCAGAUCAAGGCAGAAGCGCUGCUGUCGGGACACCGCUCGGUGCUGCAUACGCUGACAAUGCUGCGAGAUGUGCUGCCAGUGUUCAGCAAGGACUUUAUUAAGUCAAUCUGCGAAGCGAUCCUCUCCCUAAUGACCCACAACAACGUCUACAUCAAGACGUGCUGCCUGCACACACUACACGCGUUGUUCUCAGCGCCAAGAGACAUCAGCAACUUGACAGCCAACUUGGCAGUCCAGCUGACCAGGGCUUUAAUGGCGGCCCGGCCCCCAGCGAACGAUACGGGACAGAUAUUGGCCUGGGCUGCGGUCUUGCAGCAAGGAUACGGCUGUCUUGCCAACCUGGACCUGAACCUGUGUACACCCAACUUGCCAAUGUUCGUCAAUAUCUGCGUCACAGAAUUGUGGCUUUCUGACGUAGCUGACGUCAACUCGGCCGCUACCAACGCGUUGAAGGCCGUCCUCCUAGACUGUGUCAGACCAGCAGUAGAAUCCGAAGACUACGUUCGCCAUAAGCCGCACGUGGAAGCCAUAAUCAAAAGCAUCGGAACAGGCUUAGAUAACCCAUUCAACCAGGCCAUCAAGCAUGUCAUCAUGACUAGCGCUGUCUGCUUUGAGAUCGGCAACGAGAAAGUGGCCAACAUCCUAUCACCACUAUUAAAAAAACUGAACGACCGCCGCGAAAGCCACAACUUCCACAACGACAAAGAAGUCGAAUACGCCACAGGCUGCGCGAUCAAAUCUCUAGGCCCUGAAUUCGUACUGAGAACCAUUCCCUUAAGAGAUGGCCCCGAAAGCAUCAAUUUGGAACGGAGCUGGUUACUCCCAGUCAUGAAGGAGAAGAUUCAGAACUCAAAUUUGAAGUUUUUUGCCACUGAAAUACUGGAAAUGGCGACGUUUUGCAGGAAAAAAGCUAGGGAAUUAGCGGCUUCGAAAGAUAUGCCAGGAUCACAUACUUAUGAACUCUUAUGCAAUCAGUUCUGGGCGUUGUUGCCCAGUUUUUGUAACAGCCCGAAGGAUAUUAAGGACAAUUUUAAGGCGCUGGCCAGGGUUUUGGGUAACGUCCUAAAAGACAACCCAGAGUUCCGUCUCUCAGUGAUGCAAGCGCUGCGGAAGCUCAUAUCGUGCUCCGCAGACAACGAAGAGGAUUCCCGCGAGCUUGGCCGAUUCGCCAAGAACUAUCUGCCCAUACUGCUCAAUGUGUACAUGUCGCCAGCUACUGGUGCCGCCGCCACUGGCCAGAGACUGGCCGCUUUGGACACUAUACAGGUAUACCUGACAAUAAGCGACCAGACUUUAGUAGAAGAGCUAUUCACCAACGCGCUCCAACAGCUAGAAUCCUCAACCGACAAUCACUUCCAACGCGAGGCCAUUCUAGACGUAGUCCGUCUGCUCGUCCUAUACCAGACCAGUGAACAAAUCGCGAACCUGUUUGAUAAGUGGGUGUAUCCUCUGUGCGAGACCGUGCUAGAAGACCCCAAGAAGUUUAAAAAGGCGAAGAAGGAACGACAGAAGAAAAACGCAAUGGAGCAAGGGGACGAUGGACAGGAGGUUAAGAAGAAUGAGAUGAGGUACAAAGACAAAGCGCGUCUCCUAGAGAUGGAACACAAGAAAGCGUACAGGAUAUUAGAAGAGAUCUUCAAGAGCGACAGAGACAACUGCAAGGAGUUCCUCAAGGCCAACCAGAAGAAGAUCAAAAAGCUACUCAUGACGUCAUUGAACAAGGUCGCGGAUAGCAGUAAGGCGGCGAGGUUGAGAUGCAUAGAGCACCUAAUCGCGUCGUCUCCCAACUUGAACGGCGAAAGCAAAUUAAUCCGCGGGGCUAUAGCAGAGGCAGUUGUAUGCACUCGCGACAUCAACUCCAAGUGUCGGCAGUGUGCGUUCAACGUCAUCACUUGCGCUGGAAACGUACUAAAAGAACGAGAAGACGGCAUGCAGUCAUUCGUGGAGAUGCUUCUAUCCGGUCUGUCGGCGCCGCUGCCGCGAGUUGUAAGCGCGACCCUUCGAGCCGUGGCCUCUGCUCUGUUCAACUUCUCUGAAGACAUGGGCCUGGAGAUCGUCCAGGGUCUCCUGGAGAAGGUGGCGGAACAGAUGCUGACGAAUAAUAGGGAGAUCGUGGCCGCUGCUAUGAGCUUCUUGAAGGUAUACACCAAAGUCCUCCCAACCGACGUGUUAGCAGGCAGCUUGCCCCUCAUCUUCAAGACCCUCUCCUCAAUGUCGGAAGACUGCAAGCGUCACUCCCGCUUGGAAAUCGGGUACUUCCUCACUCGCAUGAUGAGGAAGUACGGAGCUGAUACUAUUGAGAAGCUGAUCCCGCCGACUGAUGACGUGUUCUUGAGGAGGCUAAGGAAUAUACGGAAGAUGGACAAUAGGAAGAAGAGGAUGAAGGAGAAUCAGAGAGACCAAUCGGACAACGACACAGACAUGGAAAUAAAGGGCACAUCCAAGACCCUCGAGGACAUCCUCAAGGAUUCCGACUCGGAAAUGGAGUUCCUGGACGAGGAUGAGGAGCAGGACCGCAGGCCACGGCCCAAAGCCAAGGCCAAGGGCAAGAAGAGCAACCAGGCCUGGAUCCAGGACGACCCGGAGAAUAUUGUGGAUUUGGCUGAUGUGUCUGCUGCUAGGAAGAUCACUGCAACGGACCCAGCGANUCCAGCGAUAAAGAAGAAAGAAACCGAACUGAAACAGAAGAAGAAAGAUGGCGGCUUCAAGACGGCUCCGGACGGACGGCUCAUCAUCGCCGAUGACGGCUCCGGCGAUGAUGACGAUUACGAGCCGAAGCCGAGCGGGGAUAUUGACACGGACACUGAUGACACUGACGACGAAGGCCCCUCCAAACCUUCUAAACUGGUCAAACCAGGCAUGAAGAGGCGCUACGACGACAUUCUUAGCAUCAAGAGUGGCAGGAGCAAUAGGAGUCGGGCGUCUACCGUCACCGUGGCUUCUAAAUACAAAGCUGGAGGAAAGGGUAUCCACAGGCCUCUCGGGUCAGCCGCAUCAGUGGCGUCCACAGUGGGCACAGAGUACAAGUCUAAGAAGGCGAAAGGCGACAUCAAGAAGAAAGGCAAGCACGACCCGUACGCGUAUCUACCGCUGUCCAGGAAGAAUUUGAAUAAGAGGAAAAAGGCAGUAACAACGAAACAGUUCAAAGGAAUAGUCAAGGCUAAAACAAAGGCUGGCAACAAAAUAAAGUCUAAGAAGAAAGUUUAGAGCUUAAGAGUUGUUUAGUUAAUUAUUAUUCUAGUUUGCUUUUAAUUUUCAAUGAAAUGAAACAUAUUUUCACACUUUAAUAGUCUUCCGAGUGAUUAUUGCUUUGCAAUAUUCAAAAGUAUUAGAAUCUGCUUAAAUAAAAUAAAGUAAAUUACUU